UGUUCAUUUCCCUUGUUUUCAGGGCAGGUGGAUGAAUUUUCUCUCUCAUGAUGUUUUUGCAAAGGUAUGUUUCCCCUUGAUCAUGUCCAUGUGCCCUAAGAGAACAAAAGGUUCUUCUCUACCCCUCACCUGUGAUCUUUUAAGAUAUAGAAGCAUGGAGGAGCAAGAAGAGAAAGCUAUGGAUACAAAAGGCCUUAGGAAGCUGGACUACAAUGCUCCACUUUUGUCAACACGGCGUCCCAGUGGUGCCACCAAUUUACAAUUGUCACGCACAAACUCACAAGGAGCAUGGCGGGAUACAAGCAACAGGGUACCAUUUUCUUGGGAGCAAACCGCUGGCAAACCUAAGGACUCGGAAGCAAAUGACAAUCAUGCCAUGGGUGUGGUGCCGCCUCCAAAACUCCCACCGGGUAGAUGGCAUCCACCAAAAGCAAACCAGUGUCAUGGUGAUGAUGAUGAUGGCUGUGAUGGUGAUAUCGAGGAUGAGGAUGAUGAGGAUGAUGAGGAUGAUGUUUUCUCGGAUGCUAUUGACUUGUUCUCAUUAUCCGAGUCAAUAGACAUGCCCGAGGCUUUCAACAAUGUGAAUGGGUUAGCUAGUUUAAACUCCGAGAUUAAGGAGUGUAACAGCGCUCUAUCUCCAAGUUUCAUCAUUCAGCGAUUUCUUACAGAUGCUAAUGCAUUGGCUGAAUCAUCAUCUGCUUUAGCUCAUUCAGAGAUUUUGAACAAGAAGCUUCCUGAUGGAUAUGUUUCACCAGCAGUUAGACAAUCAUACUCUGCACCACAGGGCUGUGGCUUUGACGUCUUCUUCCCUUGGCUCAUGAAGCACAAACCAUGUGGCAUAAAGAGCCCAGUCCGGCAACCAUCUCUAAAUGUGAAACCUCAAUGGGGUUCAAAAAGAAAGCAGAAACAUUAAUUCGCUGCAAGUCCUUGUCACCAUGGAGGAAAACUUGGUUUUAUAUAUAUAGUUUUUUUUCGUUCGGGUGGAGGGUAAUAGGGAAAGGGAAGCUGCAUCGCACAAUAGUGAGACACAAAUCUUCUGGAAUGUGAUCAGAGUUGUUACUGAAAUUAGAGCCACUUGAUUCACAGUUUGGGUUCAGUGGUAUGAAGUCUAUUGCUGAUGCAGUGGAGAGCAAUAGACUGGCUAUUUGUCAUUGAAUGUGAAUUAAGGUAGUAGCAGUGCAAAUAUGUUUGUUUGGAAUAUGGUCAAAGUACAGUGUGAUGCAGAGUUUGUUCUGCGGAUGUUAUUUAAUGUAUGUUUUGUGUAAGUAAUGAAUUAAAAUUCCAUUGCACCUUAAAAUGUAGUUUGUACAAAUUGGUGAUUAUUGUAGAAUAUUUGCAAAAUCAAUGAAUAAAAAACAAAUGAAUUAUAUCGUACA